AUGAAAGGGUUUACCGCACAUUCUGCUGGCAUUACUGCUGUCGCUUGCUCGGCGGGUGCAAUUCUAGUUUGCCUCUUCUAUGUUCCAGCUCUCGUCGUCAAAAUUCAGAACAUCAACGAUCAGUUAAAAGUUGAUAGUGAAGAGUUUCGCUCUAUGGCAGAUUACACCUGGUCAGAGCUUGUUACCAUGAGACGUGGAAAACGUCAAGCUUAUGGCGAUGUACCAAAAAAAACAUAUCCGCUACAUACCGCAUAUGUCAAGGAGGAUGCAUUCGUUGAAAGCGGAGGUCAGUGCAGUUGCAACCAGAAAAAUAGCUGCCCACCAGGCCCUCCUGGUCAGAAUGGAAAGCCUGGAUUGGAUGGAGAACCAGGAAAACCUGGAGAACCUGGGGCACCAGGCCUGGCUGGUAUUGCUCCGCCUGUUACAAUAGAUCCGUCAAAAGGAUGUCGUGUGUGUCCAGGUGGGCCACGAGGACCUCCAGGUCCACCAGGCGAGGCAGGACCCCCAGGACCGGAAGGACCACCAGGAAGCCCGGGACGCAUUGGAGAGCACGGACGCGAAGGUUAUCCUGGACAGCAAGGAAUUCCUGGAGAGCCCGGAAAAUCCGGUAAACUUGGUGAACCUGGACUGCCUGGACGCGAUGGAACUCGUGGAGCCAAAGGUCCAAUGGGACCGAAAGGAGAACCAGGACCACCAGGGCAGAAGGGUCCUGAUGGUUAUCCAGGGCGAGAUGGACAACGCGGAAACGACGGAGAAGCUGGACCCUCUGGACCACCAGGACCUGUUGGUUUACCUGGAGAACCAGGACAAAUUGGAAUGGUCGGCGCUCCUGGCUCACCAGGGCAAGACGCCAGCUACUGCAAAUGUCCUGAAAGAAACGCAGGAGUCAACAAAUUUGAGCCACCACCACCACCGGCGGAACAGCCCAGCUAUGAACCGCAAGCACCUGCGACCUAUGCACCGGAAACUCAUCCCGAUGCUGCCGUCGAACAAGCAAGAAGCCCUUACCGAAAGUGGAAAUGGCUUCAAUAA